AUGGACAAUCCGCUGCAUUCGUUCCUGUCCGGCCGAACGCCAGCCAAACGAGAGCUUUUUACUGUCGCGUAUUGUCACGUGCCCGUAUUCCGCGUCUUUUGUGUUCGCCGCCGCCGUCCGCUCGAAAUAACGACGGCUGAUAAUAUCAUCAUCAUGAUCGCGCAGGCAAGUGAACAGUCGAAAACCGUUCGGCCCGUCGCGCGUUUUUGUAUUAUUGUCGUAAUGCGUUGUUUUGUUUUGUUACAGUAUCUCCUGGUGGCCGCCGUCGCGGCAGUGGCCAUGUCGGUGUCCGUCACCCAAGACGAAUACGCCAGGUACAUAGCCCAACAACAGGAGAAACAACCGGAAAAGGGACAGCUCGUCCGGAGACCGGUACUGGUACAAGUCGUCCAGUCCGCCGCCGGUGGCGCUUACCCACAACCGACCCCCGCCGCGUCCUCCGCUCGUCCCGCGUACCAACAGGCCGCUGCGUACCAGCCCCUGCAGGCCUCCCCGGCCCCGGCGUACCAGACACUGCAGGCCUCCGCAUACCAGCCACAGCCGGCCAAGUAUCAGGUAUCUUCUUAUCCGCAACCCGCAUACCAACCGCCUCCGCAGCAAGCGUACCAGCCGCAGGAACAAGAGUACGAACAACCGGAACCGCAAUACCAACCGCCGGUCAGAGCAUCGCAAGGGCCACGUCCGAAAGCACCCUCGAAACCCAAGGCGUCGAACAGGCCGGAAAAACCGGAAGACGAAGAGAACGACAACAACGUAAGUGUUUAAAUAUUUUUUCUUUUUUUUUUCUUUAUUGAAUAUAACCUAAUAUACAGACUACAGAGUGAUUAUUUCAUCACGAACCAGUGAUAGUCUUUACCACGAUUUCGUGUAAAUUUGAUUUGACGUUUUUUUAUCCGUCGUUCAAUAAUUUCGUUUAAAAUAUUUUCAAAACAUUAACUUUCACCCGUACCAUACCCGUAGACACUUUUUAUUUUCCAACUGUAGCAACCUCAACAUUCGAAAAUAGAAUAUUUUUGAAAAAUAUCUGUUUAAAUUCAAACUAAUGCAAUAAUUGAAUUAAAAAAAAAAAAAAAAAUGAAUUCAUACUAAUAGAUUUUUUUAUUAUAGUAACACUUGAGUCGAGAAUGGCCAAACUAACGUUUUUAUAGUGACAGUGUGAUAAUAUAGAGGUCCUAACGUUUAAAAUUUGAUGUACUCGUGCUCGUAACUCGCGAUGAUUAAAAUUACAAAAAAUAAAUAGACCGAAAACGAAUAUGUUUACGCUCAUUUCAAAAGCGUCCAUUCUGACUUGGGUCUUUUACGUCACAGGCGUGUUUCGUUUAUAAAUCUUAUUUCAAUGUGUACAAUACGCGAUCUCCUCUACAAUAAUAUUAUUGUGAAUCGUUCGACGCGGUUUUCACGACGAGAUCGGAGUAAUAAUAAGUAUAUCCAGAUAACCUCCUUUCACCCCUCCCCCUCGAAUAGUGUUCCACUAUUAAUAAAAAUUGUUUAGCCUACAGAAAGCGCUCGAUAACUACAUGCGGGUAGAUGGGUGUUCGCGAUUUUUCGUAUUUAAAUUUCCAUAAUCGUGUCUAAAUCGCGUUAUUCAAUCGGCCGCCGUUGCGCAACUUUCUAUAUGCGCAGGACACACGAUAUAAUAAUAAUAAUACUAUUAGGUAUUGGUUAGCAGGAAAACAAGCGGUUAUUAUUAUUAUAAAUCCAGGCGUGUUUCUGUGUAUUAUCGAGAGCGGUGCGGAAGUCGUCGAACGGGGGCGGAUCAAACAAAAAAAAAAAAAAAAAAAAAAAACUUAAACCAGUUAUAUUAUCAUAUUAUGCGCCUACGUAUACACGCGAUGUAACGAAAAUAUCGUAGAUAUUGUUAUAUAUAUAUAUUAGAAAGUAGUAUCAAAAAAAAAAACAAAAAAAAAACGUUGUCUUCGGACGACCGUUUCGAAAUUACGAAAUACCAUGUUGUCUAUGCGUAGGGUGUGGAUAUAAUACGGGCAGAUAGGCGGUGUGGGCAGGGUGCGGGCGUACGCGACAAUUGACGAUCGGCUGCUGCAGAGUUGCAGAGGCCGUGCGAAAUAUAAUAGCGUCGCGUACUAUUUAUACGAGAAAAACCGGAAUAAUAUUACAAUAAUCGUAAUAAAUAAUAAUAGAAAGAAAAUAAAAAAAAAAAAUCAUCGUUUUUUAAACCGUUGUGUACCGGACAUGAACGGGUCCGUGUCGGCGGUGUCACGACUUAACCCGACCGCGUCAUUGCGUAACGUCAAAGCUACAAGCCCGGCGUGCGUCUCUGUGUGGAUCUAGACGAUCGUUAAAACGCGCGUGCAGCGAAAAAAAAAAAAAAUAGGAAGACGUUCACUUUUGUUUCACAACCGCGCGGACAAAUUAUCGUACCGGCCGCCCCCGCUCGUGUUUGGUUGGGUUAGGCAACGGGGAAACUUUAGAAACGCUUGCGCUAUUCGCGUGUGUACAUCAUUAUGAAUACGAUAGCAGACGUGACCCGCGACACGGAAUUGAAGAACGUCCCGGUCGUCGUUAUGCGUCGUUGCCGUAUACCUACAGGCUUGGCUGAACAGUUUUUUCACAAGAGAAAAAAAAAAUAUCGAUUUCAUACCAAACCCGUCCCGACGAUAAAAUGCCUCGGAAAUCUUUUCAACCACACAAUAUGAACGAUCGCUUUAAAAUUAUGCGAUUGUACUCCAUACGUUUGUGUGUAACUCUAAACGGUUCAAAGGUCGUGUGGUUUUUUUUUUUUUUUUUUUGUAAUUUUGUUACGCUUGAAACCCUUCGAUGCCCACAUCGUAGUUACCGUUGGAAUAAUAAUUAUUAUAGGGUUCAGCGUUCAGUUUUGAGAGAAAUUCUCCCCCCCCCUUUUUUUUUCCGGACAGUGAAUAAAAAAGUAGUUUUUAUUAUAAAAAUGUAUUAUAUUUAAUUUCUAUCCUGCCGGUUAAACAUUAUUUUUUAAUUUUUACACACGACUUUGUUUUCGUAUAUUUCGUGUUAAAUUAUCACUUAUCAAUUGAUCGCAAUAGUUUUAUACGCAUUCGCGGUACACAAAUAUGAAACAAAUCGACAAAAGUAUUAGCUGGAGAAACAACGGACGACGGCGAUUUGAAAUAAGAUAACUAGAUUAUUGUUUAUGUGUGAAAUUCAUAAGAUUCGUAAGUUUCUGUUUCCACGUACAGAAAUAUUUCAAUUUCAAACCAUCAACGAAGACAGUUUACCUAAGUAUAUGGAUGUUCAUUUUUAUUUUAAAACGAAUUUUUUAACUUUGUGGAAAUUAAACUUUUUAGCACAUUUUUUUUUUUAGGAAUUGCUUUUUUUGUUGUUAACUAUAUCGCUUUCAAAUCCGAACCCUAAUAAUAAUUGCCUAUACAGACGAUGAUAAAAAAUACGUUCAAUAAUUAUCCGGUUACAAAUAACCAGCAAAUAUAUACGUCUAUAGGUAUCAAAGGAAAUGGAUGAUUUAUUUCAUAAUACGACCAAACCGAAAACUUACAAUUACAAAUGGUAAAAUUUAAGCGAUUCGAUGCGACAUGGAAAUCAUAUUUACGGACGAUAUUCGAUAUAAAUCACAUAAUUGUUCCCGUACCGUAUUUUCUAAUAAGCGCAUCGGUAACGAUUCAUGCAGAUUCGUCCGGACUAUUUAAUAACAAAUCGCGCGUUCGUCUUUUUUUAUUUUCCAUUUCCCGCCCGGACGUGAUAAAAAAAAAUAAUAUCCGAAACACCGUUGGCACAAAAUUAUUCUAAAGAUUACGUGUGUAUCAUAAUAAUAAUAACAAUAAUAAUAAUAAUAAUAAUAAUAAUAAUAAUAUUAUAUAAAAACGGCCGUUUAAAUAAUCGGAUUUUUACAUGCACGGGACUUUUACACCGGAACCACACGGCACAGUGUUUGAGCGAAAGAAAAUUAGAUUAUAACCCGUUCGAAAUGAUUAACGUUCACUUAUUAGACUUCGUAAUAACGUAUUGUGAUAACACAUUGUGCGGCGUGCGAGUGCGAAUGACAUAACAAUAUCGUUCGCAGUUCUAUUCCGAGGACGUCAUCCUAAUAACGCAAUUGCCGACAACGACUCGCCAAAAACUCGUGUAUGUCCGUGUUGGUUUUUUUUAUUUUUUUAUUUUCUUUUGUUUUUUUUUCCCGGUAUAAUUUCACACUCGUAAAUACCGAAAUUGUAUUUUCGAAUUUUCCCGUUAAAAUCGCGCCGCCUCCGGUAUUGACCCGUUAUUCGCGCGUUUCAAUUCGACGACGCCGCGCCACUGCGUCUGUCUGCGGAUAUUCACCGACGAAUUAUUAUCACCCGAACGAUAAUUCCGUGUUCCGUUAACGCGUUCGGUAUUUUUAUAUGGGAUAUAUUAUUGACAUUAUUGUUUGGUUACACUGUCAUAAUUGUCACUCAUCCAUGUGUUUGUCGUGUUUACAUAAUACCGUAGCCUAACGCUCAAUACCAGUUUUCGUUCGACAUCAGCGACGACGAAUCGACCAACUACCACAACCGCAAGGAGCAAAGGGACGGCGAGAAGAUUUCCGGAAGUUACAGCGUUGUGGAUUCCGACGGGUUCAUCCGUACCGUCACGUACACCGCCGAUCCCGAAGAGGUAUUUAUUGCGAACAAACGUGCGCAACGAUAACACCGCCGUAAGCGGUGGUGGCGGGGCGCGGGGGUUACCUCCCCUCUCCUAAAAAAAAAAUUAAAAACAUCAAACCUUAUAGUGCACGCUUAACUGUGUAACGGAGGAUCGGCCUCCGGAGGAUUUCGAGUCCCGCCUCCCCCACCCCCCCGAAUACCCGACCGCGACCCCCGUAACAAAGUGCCCGUCUGAAAACGUCCGCGCCGUUCGUUCCUACGGUUUCCGAGCGGAUUGUCGACUUCGAAGAACGCCGUCGCCUCGCCUACGGACGUUGCACGCCGGCGGUAACGUCUUUGAUGUCGACUUGUUCGAAACCGUACGGAAAACGAGUGGGUUUCGAACCGUUCCGGUUUCCUCCCCCCCCCCCGCGUUUCGUACGUUAUCCGCGUACGCUCCGGGCGCCGAUCCUUUUGUAACGUCUCCGCUGCGUGCGAAACCGUUCGCGUUAACAAACGGCUCGCGUACCUGCACGCGCGGGUUGAACACGUUCUCUUUUGCGCGUGAUAUUGUCGUUGUUGAAUAACAACACAUUGCGCCCCGGGUAUUCCCGUACGCGGGCACACGCGCGCGACGCACAACAGUCGCGCGGUUAUCGUUAUCGAUUAUCGUCCGUCCGUAACGCAAUCGUUACAGUAUAAUAAUUGUUCGUCGAACGUUUUUCGGUAAACUCCAACGGUAAACUUAUAAUGCGUAUACGAAAUUAUCAAUGAACAACAAAUAAUCGUUUUGACGCCGGUGUCAAAUUGCAUAACAAUUUUAUGUACAUUUUAUUUUUUAUUUUUUUUUUCCGCUUAGACAACAAUAAGACGUAUUAUAAUAAUAUUGCACAAUAAAAAUUAAUGAUUUUUUUUUUUCGUCGUUCGCUUCGUAAAUUUUUACAUUUUUUUUUUUUUCUUUUUGUCGUUUUUUUUUUACCCGCGCGUUACUACAAAAUUUUACAGGGAUUCAAAGCCGAGGUGAGCCGAGAACCGACCAACAUUCAAGUCAAGAUUCCCACACCGGCACCGCAAACGCCCGCGCCGGCGUCUCAAUACAGGUUACCGGAACGAAAGGCCCAGCCCCAAUACAUCACUCUGCCGCAGGUACGUUUUUUCUUCUUCUUCUUCUUCUUCUUCUUCUUUUUCGAAGAACCCCGAUAAAAACCGGUCAACGUUAAUCGAAAGUUGUUAAAAAAAACAAAAAAAAAAAACCAACAACAAUUCUACCGGGGACUUAACGAUUAAUUUUUCCGUCGCAGGCCGACGAACAGGAAUCCGCGGCGCCGGUCGAUCCGAUUUCCGGUUACUAUCAACAGUUGCCGCAACAGCAGCAGCAGCCGGCCAAGGCGCCGUCCCACCGGUUCGCCGCGUCCAGGCCACAGCAGGCCGGCAGCAAAGCCGCCGCUCUGGGCUACGCCACCGCGCCCACGCACCCGCCCGUACUUUACCAGGCGUACCAACAGUGAAAACGGUCGACAGAGGCCGCCGGGUCGCCGCUCAUCCGGCCCGGAACACUCGGGCCUCGGCGUCCCAACCGCAAUCGGCCAUCAAUCCGUCUUGACGGGGACUGAUGUCCAGGCCAUAAACGUAGUCCGAAUGGUUUUGGUGGCUCUGACACGGUUCCGACGACGCACUGUAAUCCCAUAUCCUAUAUCAUAAGAUAAUAUAUUGAUUAUAUAUAAAAUACGUAUAUAGAGAUUUUUUUUUUUUUUUUUUGAAAUAAUUAUAUACAAUAUACUAUUUUGAAUUUGUAUUGUAUGUACGGUAUUGUAAUUUAAAAAAAAAAAAAAAAAAAAAAAAAAA